AUGCGACGCUCAGUUGGCAUAACCCCCGAUACCUCAAGUCUCUACUCCACUCAGAAAAUGCACCCCGUCGGAUCCACAGGUCCAACCGGGCUGCCACCGGUCGGGCGGAAAAGAAGUCAGAAGGCCUGUGACAUGUGUUACCGGAAAAAGACGAGAUGUGAAGUUGAGGGUCCUGGUAUGAUCUGUCUCCAAUGCAUUCGCCGUAGGACGAAAUGUGUGUUUCCUUCCCAGCAACAACAUGUCGUUCCACCGCAAGAAGAGAAGCAGGAACAAUUGCCAAGUAAUGAUCGGUACAUAGAGUCUUUAAAAACUCGUCUGGAGAGGGUAGAGUCUCUGCUUCUUGCGGCUGGUAUCUUACAUGAAAGUGACAUCACUCAAGAUACACUCUCAGACGACGAUGAUGGGAACACGUCUGAUGACCAAUGGAACACCAAUGAACGCCCAGGAUCAUCCUGUCGAACAUCGACUCAUUCUGAGUCCUCGGAAUAUUAUGAUGCUGAACAAUUCCCGGGGGUGGUGAUGUUGAGGCUACUCCGAUCUUCAAAUCUCAUGAAAGCGACGACUCCCGAUAUUUUGGUUUGUGUCCCUAUCCCCAAGAAAUGGCUUCCUAUCACGAGACGAUCAUGUUCUCUUUCCAUCUUAUCACGAGGUGGAAUCGACUGGAUCAAGAGAAAAACGGGCGAUGAUGGUUUCUUGAGCAUUCUAGCUCGUGAUUCGAUUCAUGAUGGCCCCUGGAACACAUGGCGGCCGGAUGUCUUUCAUGAUCUCUUCGCUUCUCAAGUGUAUAAACCUCUUCCGCCAAGGUCCGAGGUCUUUUCGCUUAUUAAGGACUUCUUUCGCACGACAAAUCGUAUGUUUCCAAUCUUCCAUGAAGGGUCUUUCAUGAGAAUGGUAGAGUGGCAGUAUACACAGCAGACCUGUGAUGAUUCCGCUCUGUGGGCCAGCAUCAAUAUGGUGAUAUGUCUGGCUUAUGAAUACCGGUUCUCGAACAACCUGAAACCCGAGAAAGACCGAGAAAAGGCCCGUUUCUACUUUAAAAACGCUGUAUCAGUCUUUACUGAGCUGGCAUUACGGCGCACUGAUUUACUCAGUGUUCAGGCUUUGAUCUGCAUGGGCUUCUUCCUUCGCGGAAAUGCUGGCACACAGGCUGCCCUGCCAUUCAUGACAGCAGCAAUGCGGUCUUGUCAGAGAAUGGGACUCCAUCGUAAUAUUAAUAGGCCUGAUUUAAGUCAUAUUCAGCAAGAGCAAAGACGACGCGUAUUCUGGAUUACAUUUGUAAUUGAUCAAAGUACAUGUUUGAGGGCUGGAAAUGCUCCGUCUCAACAUCCAGAAGACUUCGACGUUCCUCUUCCGCAAGAGACCGAAGAUGACAAUGACCCUGAAGUGUCUUCCAACAUUCCAUUCUUCUGCCAGUUUUGCCGUAUGUGCGUGAUCAAAAGUCGGAUAUACUGUCAAUUAUAUACCGCCAAGGCUUUGCAGAAGCCACCUCAAGAGCUCUAUAAAAGUGUGUCAGAACUUCAUACCGAACUCGAGACGUGGAAAAAGGACUACCCCUUUACCGACGUACCGUCAAUAAGAGGCGCCGAAAGUGACUUUUUAUUCGGAUUUGCAUCUAUUGCCCUUCAUUUCGUCUACUAUAACGCUUUGAUAAUGAUUCACCGAAUGCCCCUUCUCCUGAACUUUUUAAUUGCGUCCCGCGAAAACGAACCAGACGACAUGAAGUCUUACAGAAAAGCCCGUGCUUCGAAAUCAUCCGCCAUAUGUGCAAUGGCCGCGCGAAAUACACUUAAACUGGUCAACAACAUGCCCUGGGGAGACAUCUCCUGGCUCUGGUCUUUAUUAUACUAUGUCUUCCUGGCAUCGUCAACCCUUUUCUCCAGCAUUCUUCGGAAUACCCGCAGCGCAAGCGUGAAGGAAGAUCUCCAGACACUAAACAUGGCAGCAAAGUUUUUUGCUGCCCUCGUGUCAAAUGAUGAGGCAGCGAACUACUCAGGCUUCAUGGCUCGUGUGACUGCGACGUUAGAACGAAUUGCAAGAAUAGCUGUCGAGAGAGAAGAGAAAAGGCCUCGCAGCUCGGAUGAUGAAGACGACGAGGUCAAGAUUCCAGGCUCAAAGAGACAAGCAUCUCGAAAUGUCCCAGCGUCUCACUCGAAAUUAUACCAACGUCGAUCUUCCGCAAAUCAACCAGCUUCAACGUCGUCUUAUCCGACAAGACCACCACAUCAUUCUCAUACAGCCGCACCCUCUUCCAAGACCACGCCAUUAACUACCGCUCCUUCAAACAUGGCAGAAGCCAGCGGUUUCCCCGAAACGAUAGAAGGAUUUCCACGCAUCAACUCAUCCGGCUACGUCGUUCCAGUCUGUGAAGAUCACCCAAAACACUUCUCUCCGCCCAUCAGCGCAAGGCCUCCGACCCAGCACACUCCCCAAGGACCUCCAGUCACACAGCAGACAGGUCUCGGGCUGAGCAAUCUAAACGGAGCAAACUUAAACUUGAACACCAUGUCGGACUACGCAUCAACAGGAACCACAUUCCCAUCAUGGCAACUCCGCGAAGACCAUACACAAACAUCAUCCCCACACGAUAACAUUCAAAGUCCCUUUUCCGCAACCAGCAGUGGUGCGGGGAACACCAUGUUCCCAGAUUCAUGGCAAGUGCCCUUAACAGCAGACUGGCAAUUCGGCGACGAACUAGCAUGGGCAGGUCUUUUCCGGGGAGAGAAUCUCCAAGCUCCUUUGAUGCCUAUUCUAAAUGCCGAAUCUUUCCUAAACGGACCUUUCGCUUCACAACCAGAGUCUGGUCUUGAUAAUGAAACUGCACAGCCCGGUGGCAAUGAUGGAAAUGGUUACUUGGGGUUUGCGUCUCAGCCCCUCGGAUAUAAUUUCAUGUCGGGUGCGCCACCACAAGGAGGACAGGGACAGGAUGAAAAUCAGGAGGGACAGGAGAUGGAUCCCACACAGGCGAUGUUCUCGAAUGCGUUUAUGGGGAUGUUUUGA